AUGACCCAGGCUGAGAAAUUCCCGGACCCUUUUUGCUCAAGAGCGAUGUUAAUUUGUUCAAUCAUUUGGUUAGGAAAGCGGAUGUUGCGGGUUGUUGUUCUGCGGGUUCUGUUCUUCGUUGACAUGAGGUUGCCCCGUAUUCAGUGUCGCUGAUUUGUAUUGUCUGAAGUUGUUUUUACGUUAAGUUGAUGCAGAUCAAUUAAUACGAUACCUGCGUCAUAAUUGAUUAUUUGACGUGGUUUGAUGGCCUCCACGCACGUUGUGAUAUGUAGAUGAUAAUCAUUAUCACUUUACGGGUCCUUUCCGGUGAAAAAAAGGUACCAAAAAAAACAUCGUCGUGAGUAGUGAACCGUAAGCAGCCUAAGCCUAAGCCUAAGCCUAAGCCUAAGCCUAAGCCUAAGCCUAAGCCUAAGCCUAAGCCUAAGCCUAAGCCUAAGCCUAAGCCUAAGCCUAAGCCUAAGCCUAAGCCUAAGCCUAAGCCUAAGCCUAAGCCUAAGCCUAAGCCUAAGCCUAAGCCUAAGCCUAAGCCUAAGCCUAAGCCUAAGCCUAAGCCUAAGCCUAAGCCUAAGCCUAAGCCUAAGCCUAAGCCUAAGCCUAAGCCUAAGCCUAAGCCUAAGCCUAAGCCUAAGCCUAAGCCUAAGCCUAAGCCUAAGCCUAAGCCUAAGCCUAAGCCUAAGCCUAAGCCUAAGCCUAAGCCUAAGCCUAAGCCUAAGCCUAAGCCUAAGCCUAAGCCUAAGCCUAAGCCUAAGCCUAAGCCUAAGCCUAAGCCUAAGCCUAAGCCUAAGCCUAAGCCUAAGCCUAAGCCUAAGCCUAAGCCUAAGCCUAAGCCUAAGCCUAAGCCUAAGCCUAAGCCUAAGCCUAAGCCUAAGCCUAAGCCUAAGCCUAAGCCUAAGCCUAAGCCUAAGCCUAAGCCUAAGCCUAAGCCUAAGCCUAAGCCUAAGCCUAAGCCUAAGCCUAAGCCUAAGCCUAAGCCUAAGCCUAAGCCUAAGCCUAAGCCUAAGCCUAAGCCUAAGCCUAAGCCUAAGCCUAAGCCUAAGCCUAAGCCUAAGCCUAAGCCUAAGCCUAAGCCUAAGCCUAAGCCUAAGCCUAAGCCUAAGCCUAAGCCUAAGCCUAAGCCUAAGCCUAAGCCUAAGCCUAAGCCUAAGCCUAAGCCUAAGCCUAAGCCUAAGCCUAAGCCUAAGCCUAAGCCUAAGCCUAAGCCUAAGCCUAAGCCUAAGCCUAAGCCUAAGCCUAAGCCUAAGCCUAAGCCUAAGCCUAAGCCUAAGCCUAAGCCUAAGCCUAAGCCUAAGCCUAAGCCUAAGCCUAAGCCUAAGCCUAAGCCUAAGCCUAAGCCUAAGCCUAAGCCUAAGCCUAAGCCUAAGCCUAAGCCUAAGCCUAAGCCUAAGCCUAAGCCUAAGCCUAAGCCUAAGCCUAAGCCUAAGCCUAAGCCUAAGCCUAAGCCUAAGCCUAAGCCUAAGCCUAAGCCUAAGCCUAAGCCUAAGCCUAAGCCUAAGCCUAAGCCUAAGCCUAAGCCUAAGCCUAAGCCUAAGCCUAAGCCUAAGCCUAAGCCUAAGCCUAAGCCUAAGCCUAAGCCUAAGCCUAAGCCUAAGCCUAAGCCUAAGCCUAAGCCUAAGCCUAAGCCUAAGCCUAAGCCUAAGCCUAAGCCUAAGCCUAAGCCUAAGCCUAAGCCUAAGCCUAAGCCUAAGCCUAAGCCUAAGCCUAAGCCUAAGCCUAAGCCUAAGCCUAAGCCUAAGCCUAAGCCUAAGCCUAAGCCUAAGCCUAAGCCUAAGCCUAAGCCUAAGCCUAAGCCUAAGCCUAAGCCUAAGCCUAAGCCUAAGCCUAAGCCUAAGCCUAAGCCUAAGCCUAAGCCUAAGCCUAAGCCUAAGCCUAAGCCUAAGCCUAAGCCUAAGCCUAAGCCUAAGCCUAAGCCUAAGCCUAAGCCUAAGCCUAAGCCUAAGCCUAAGCCUAAGCCUAAGCCUAAGCCUAAGCCUAAGCCUAAGCCUAAGCCUAAGCCUAAGCCUAAGCCUAAGCCUAAGCCUAAGCCUAAGCCUAAGCCUAAGCCUAAGCCUAAGCCUAAGCCUAAGCCUAAGCCUAAGCCUAAGCCUAAGCCUAAGCCUAAGCCUAAGCCUAAGCCUAAGCCUAAGCCUAAGCCUAAGCCUAAGCCUAAGCCUAAGCCUAAGCCUAAGCCUAAGCCUAAGCCUAAGCCUAAGCCUAAGCCUAAGUUAACUAAGUGCUUAGCUGUAAUAACGUUAGCUGAUGCUCAGACUGAUAUUAGCUACUAA